GUCAGAGAACGGACGGCUCUGAGAGCUCAAGGUUUAAUUUGUAGGGUCUUUUCCUUCUCUUUCUCUUUACCCUUUUCUGCCCUUGAUGAGUUCUAAGUACUCUCGCUGUUCCUGUCCCUUUCCAUUUUUUUUUGUGUAUUCCUCUUAUGCAUGCUUUACGUACGCCACUAUUAUAUGUAUUUCACUGUGUCAAUAGUCAUCUUUGUCUAAAUCUCUCACUUUCUCUCUCGUCUCUUUCGGAUGGAGGGUUCUCUUUACUUUGCUUAGAUCUUAACAAAAUGCCUAUGCCCUUUGCGAUGCUGUGGAUUGAGUUUUGUAAGAAACAGUAGUAUUUGGAGCAAUAAGUGGAGGAGCUUGUUUACUAAAAAGUUUGACAAUGGGCAAGCAGAAGAAUAUGGGAACUUGAAAGAAAUUUUGUGGGCUCAAGACAAAGUUAAAAAGGCUUUGGCUGAGCUGGAGAGUGGAGAGUGCUUCUUUGAAUUCCAAUUGGCUUGCUUUGUUAAAACGGGACUAACAAAAAGAAAAGAGGGAGAUACCUUUCUGCUUUAGGAAAGACUGGUGGACUUGAAUCUGAGUAUACACCCCAAUUAAGGCCAACAGUUUUUUGGAGAAGUCUGCGUCUGAUGGAGCCAUCUUCGUCGUCUGGAAUAUCAAAGAAAGCCAAAGCACCUGCUGCUGUUAUUAACCAGAUUGUUCAAUGCUUGGUUGAUGGCUGCAAUUCUGACCUUAGUCAAUGCAGGGAAUACCACAGAAGACACAAAGUUUGCGAGCUUCAUUCUAAAACAGCUAGAGUUUCAAUCGGAGGUCGGGAACAACGCUUCUGUCAGCAGUGCAGCCGGUUUCAUUCAUUGGAAGAGUUUGAUGAGGGUAAAAGAAGCUGCAGGAAGAGAUUAGAUGGGCACAAUCGACGCAGAAGAAAGUCUCAGCCGGAGUCUCUAUCAAGAAACAGCAGCGGAAGGUUUUCUUACAAUCAGCAAGCAGCAGGUCCUACAAUACUGUCGUUCAGCAAUCCAGGAGCGUUUCCAACAUCAUCUUGGGCGACGGGAGUUGAUUACAGCUUGCAGAAUGUCAAUAAUAACUACAUUGAGGGUGGAAACGGUUUCCAAAUUCUGCAAGGUGGAGGAGAUGAUGAUAUUAAUCCUCUGCCAAACAUUCCUCCAAUGGCGGCUCAUCUUUCUAUGUCAGGAAAUAACAACAGACUGAGUCAUCAUCAUCAUCAUCAGAUGCUGGAUUCCGAUUGUGCUCUCUCUCUUCUGUCAUCUGCACGAGCUGAAACCACCACCACUAACCGUGAGAUGGGCCUGAUGAUGCACACAAAUCCCAUUUCCUUGAUGAAUGAUCCGAAUUUUGGAAAUCUCAGCCAUUGUUCAUACUCUCAAGGAAUUGAGGAUAAUAACAGUUCUCAAGUGUUGGUGAACGAUAGGAGGAACAACAACAACAACGAAAAUUCUCAUUGCCCAGGGAUGAUGAUGAUGUUUGAGGAUGGUGAAGAUGAACCCAAUAACAAUAAUACACUGUCCUUCAGAUGGUAGAAGGGUUGUGUGUUAGAAAGUUAGCUCCCAUUUGAUAUUUUGUCGGUUUUGAAAAGAAAGAAAAAAAAGGUUUCAGAUGGUUGAGCGAGCAGUCAGUCAUUUAUGAUCAACGGCAAGCAAGAAAGAGUCGGUUUAACUUUGUAUUAUUGUUGUGUAUCCACCUCAGUUCCAUGUUGGAUGCUAUUUUCCCAACUUUAUUCAAUUCAAAGCUCUAUUUUGAACUAAUCAAAUUAUGGGAUUUGUUUGUAUGUA